AUGUUCAGCUACCUGCGGGAACGCUUCAGCAGCCACCUCCGGGAGCGCAGCCGGCGCCGCGCCAGGCUCGUCUCCAAGGAUGGAAGGUGCAACAUCGAGUUUGGCAACGUGGAACAGUCCAGGUUUGUCUUCCUGAUCGACAUCUGGACAACCAUCCUGGACCUCAGGUGGAGGUACAAGAUGACCAUCUUCAUCUCGGCCUUCCUGGGCAGCUGGUUCCUGUUUGGGCUGCUCUGGUACGUCGUGGCCUACAUCCACAAGGACCUGCCCGAGUUCAACCCCUCCAUCAACCACACCCCCUGCGUGGACAACAUCAACGGCCUCACCUCAGCCUUCCUCUUCUCCCUGGAGACCCAGGUGACCAUCGGCUACGGCUUCAGGUGUGUCACGGAGCAGUGUGCCACCGCCAUCUUCCUGCUCAUCUUCCAGUCCAUCCUGGGCGUCAUCAUCAACUCCUUCAUGUGCGGGGCCAUCCUGGCCAAGAUCUCCAGAUCCAAGAACCGGGCCAAGACCAUCACGUUCAGCAAGAACGCCGUCAUCAGCAAGCGUGGGGGGAAGCUGUGCCUGCUGAUCCGCGUGGCCAACCUGCGCAAGAGCCUGCUGAUCGGGAGCCACAUCUACGGGAAGCUGCUCAAGAGCACCAUCACCCCCGAGGGCGAGACCAUCAUCCUGGACCAGGUCAACAUCGAGUUCGUGGUGGACGCUGGCAACGAGAAUCUCUUCUUCAUCUCGCCCCUCACCAUUUACCACAUCAUAGACAAGAACAGCCCCUUCUUCCACAUGGCAGCAGAAACCCUCCUGCAGCAGGACUUUGAGCUGGUGGUGUUUUUGGAUGGCACAGUGGAGGCCACCAGUGCCACCUGCCAGGUGAGGACGUCCUACAUCCCCGAGGAGGUGCUCUGGGGGUAUCGCUUCGCUCCCAUCGUGUCCAAGACCAAAGAAGGGAAAUACAGAGUGGACUUCCAGAACUUCAGCAAGACAGUGGCAGUGGACACCCCUCACUGUGCCUUCUGUCUCUACAAUGAGAAGGAAGCCAAAGCCAAAGAGAAGAAAGGUUAUGACAACCCUGGCUUUGUCUUGUCUGAAGUCAAUGAAACCAGCGACACAAAAAUGUAGUGCCAGGUAUUCGUGGGACUGAGUUUUCAGAGAGAAUGAAGUCUUGAGA